AUAUUGUGCAUCCCUGAUUUCUUCAUAUACUGUAAUAGAAGCAAUUUACAAAUUAUUUAGAUUAUUUUUGUUCCUUUUCUUCAGGAAAGAAAGCCUCUAAACCCAAGCAAAGCGUGGCCUCAAGUAAAGAUGGCAUGGAACCGACAGACCCUGUUGUUUUAAAAAAGCAAAAGAAGAAAAAAAGGAAGGCGUGUCGUGAUGAAUGUGCAAGCGGUGAUCCAAACGCCAAAAGCACCAAUGAGGAGCAUGCUGAAUUUUCAACUCAAAGUAAGAUUAGAUUAAAUGGGUCUGAAGAUGAAGCAAAGAUGCAGCCAUUUGUUUCUGCCUUGGAUGAAGCAGACAAACCAAAUCGUUGCAUAAUCAACAAGGAUCAGCCAAAAAAGAAAAAGAUGAACAAAAAGAUGAAAGUACUGGAGCCGAAAGUGGAAGAGCUAGCAAAGCCUCAGACUUGCACUACUCAGGGCAUUGGCACAGGAAUAACCGAGCAAGAGAACUCAUCCAAACCCAAUGUUGUGGUCUCUGUGAAGACAGACGCAAAGUUAAAAUCACAAAGUGACACAGUGGAAAAUCUAGUAGACUGUGAGAUGUCAGAAAACUCAAUGUUGAAUGAAGCUCAAUCACAGCCUAUAAAUCCUGCCAGGAGGAAAAAGAAGGGCCUGAAAGCUGAGAAAGUCAAAGACGAUGAUGGUCAUUCACAGCUAAGCACAAUACAGACUAAAUCUAUACCAUGUGAAGAUUCGAAAGAUGAUGGCACAGGCAUGACUGACACUACUGCCUCGGCUAAGAAGAAUAAGAGAAAGAAACUUGUGGAUAAAACUCCAAUUUAUGAAUCUGCUACAAAGGCAGAGCUUGCAGCAGUGAGAGAAGAGGCAAAGACAAACAAGCAGGAACCAAUUCUGCAGAAAACAGAUCAUACACCUGAGGAAAAGACCCCUGAACUUUUACAUUCUACAAGUCAAAGUCCUACCGAUGGAAGUCCCUCAUCUUCAAAGAAAAAAAGACAAAGGAGGCGAAAUAAAUCUACAACUGCUGUUCAAGCCAAAAAGGAGGUUGGCGAGUCUCAGUUAUUGGAUGUUGAACCGAUGUCCUCUGAUCAUCACGUUGCAAGUUCUCUGAAGAACACCCAACCAUCAGCCCAGGUGGAGGAAGUCAAAGAUGAAACUCAGCUAUUGAAUUGUCAUGUAGAUGAGCCCAUGGUUGGUGAUGAGGAAUUAUCUUUCUCUGAGAAGCCGACCAAGAAGAAAAAGAAGAUACCUGUGGUGUUUGAGUUUGAGGCGGAUGAGCUCGAGGUCAACAACGUUGCAAAAGGAGCAGCUGGUAUCAAGAAGAUUAAGGGAAGGGAUGGUUUCUCCACACCUCAGACGGCUAAUAAGUCCCAGAAGUUAAAGGUGAAGACCUCAUCAUGUGACUUUGUCACAUUUCAGGCCAAUGCCAAAGCUCCGACACCACUCUUCUACAGAGCUAAAGGAAGCCCCCAAAACACACAACUUGGCAAUAAGACGAGGCAAACUCCCACAUCAGAUUCCAAGAAGGUGACCUUCCACUUAAAGAAUAAUAAAACAGCAGGUAAGAAACUUCUGCCUGUCUUUGGUAACUUGACACACAUUUUGUUUCUCAGCGAUUUGAUUGAGGGUUCUGUUUAAAACCAUUGAUACAUU